AUGGUCAUCGCGAUCGUGGUGACGCAUCGUGUUGUAGUAGCUUCACGUCGAUUUCAGGCGAUAGGAGAUAACCGCUCGGUUCGUUUGAAAUCCGUAAAUAUUACGCAGAAAAUUUCAUUUUAUCGACGAAACUUAUUGCAUCAGCGGGAGAUUAUGGACGGAAAGAAUGCUGAAUAUGACAACAUUGCUUCGGAGUUCAAGGCAAAUAUUGGAUUAGAUUCUCGUGACCCAACUGAAUACUACACAUUUGAGAAAUUUAUUCUUGGACCACUACUGAAUGCGCGGGGACUGUUGACAGAAAAACGUGUACUGGACAUAGCAUGCGGUGAAGGGCUUUAUACACGCCGAUUGAAAGCAUUUGAUUGUGAUUAUAUCCUCGGUGUUGAUAUCAGCUCAGAAAUGAUUAAGCUUGCUCGCGAUGCUGAAUUGAAGGAUCCAAAAGGUAUUGAAUACAUGGUUGCUGAUGUCAAUCAACUACCAAUACCUGAAAAACCAUUCGAUUUGGUCACUGCCGUUUUUUUACUAAAUUAUGCUCGUACGCGAAAAGAACUUCUUAAGAUGGCAAAUAUUAUCUAUGCACAACUUGGCAAAAAUACACAUUUUAUUGGUUUCACAAAUAACAUCGCCGGAAGUACAAAAGGAUUUAAUAUGACGAAGUAUAGAUUUUUUAGGCAUGUAAAAGAUCCUUCGGAAGAUGGAAUAAUACCAGAGGGAACAGAGGUCUUCAUUACUCUUCUAAACAUGGAAAACAAGCCAGCAUGUACAUUUUCGACCUAUUACUUAUCACAAAAGACUUAUGAAGAAGUUUUCAAAGAAGCAGGCUUCACAAAAUUUGAAUGGAUACCCAUCCAAUGUGAUCCUGCUGCAUCCAAUAAAGAAUUCUAUGAUGACUUAAUUGAAAGUGCUAGUGAAAUCGGUUUCAUAGCAAGCAAAUGA